GGGAUGAUGUGGGAGCUGUACCUGCUGCUUCUGCUGGGACUGGGACUCAGGUCCCAGGAGGCCCUGCCGCCACCCUGUGAGAGCCAGAUUUACUGCCAUGGGGAACUCCUGCACCAAGUUCAGAUGACUAAACUCUACCAAGAUGACAAGCAGUUUGUGGACAUGUCACUCACCGCAUCUCCAGAUGAAGUGCUGCAGAGUUUCAGACAGCUGGCCAUGACACACAACAACAGCAUCCCCAGGGAAGAGCUUCAGAAGUUUGUCCAGACAUACUUCCAGCCUGUGGGGCAGGAGCUGCAGUCCUGGAUCCCAGAGGACUGGAAAGAGAGGCCUCAGUUCCUGCAGAAGAUCUCCGAUGCCAAGCUGCGUGACUGGGCGGGGCAACUGCACCAGAUCUGGAAGAACCUGGGAAAGAAGAUGAAACCAGAGAUUUUCAAAAACCCUGAGAGGUCCUCCCUGAUCUACUCAGAACACCCCUUCAUCGUGCCUGGAGGACGUUUUGUUGAGUUCUACUACUGGGACUCCUACUGGGUGAUGGAAGGUCUGCUUCUCUCUGAGAUGACCUCAACAGUGAAGGGCAUGCUGCAGAACUUUCUGGAUCUGGUGAAGACCUACGGACACAUCCCCAAUGGCGGACGUGUGUAUUACCUGCAACGGAGCCAGCCCCCACUCCUGACUCUCAUGAUGGAUCUGUAUGUGAAUUACACCAAGGACAUCAGCUUUCUGCAGGAGAACAUUGAAACCCUAGCCUCAGAACUGGACUUCUGGACCAUGAACAGAAGUUUGUCUGUGAGCUCAGGAGGAAAAAGCUAUAUCUUGAACCGUUACUAUGUCCCUUAUGGGGGACCCAGGCCAGAGUCCUACAGCAAGGAUGAAGAAUUGGCAAACACUGUGCUGGAAGGGGACCGAGAGACUCUGUGGUCUGAGCUCAAGGCUGGAGCUGAGUCUGGCUGGGACUUCUCUUCACGCUGGCUUGUCGGAGGCACAAACCCUGAUUUACUUAGCAGCAUCCGAACCAGCAAAAUGAUACCUGUUGACCUGAAUGCAUUCCUGUGCCAAGCAGAGGAGCUGAUGAGUAACUUCUACUCCAGGCUAGGGAAUGACGCCGAGGCCACAAAGUACAGAAACUUGCGGUCCCAGCGCUUGGCCGCCAUGGAGGCCGUCCUGUGGGACGAGCAGAAAGGAGCCUGGUUCGACUAUGACUGGGAAAAAGAGAAGAAGAACCUGGAGUUUUAUCCCUCCAACCUCACCCCGCUCUGGACUGGCUGCUUCUCAGACCCUAGCGUCCUUGACAAGGCUCUGAACUACUUGGAGGACAACAAUAUCUUGACCUACCAGUAUGGGAUCCCGACCUCUCUUCACAACACAGGCCAGCAAUGGGACUUCCCCAAUGCCUGGGCGCCCCUGCAGGACUUAGUCAUCAGAGGUUUGGCCAAGUCAGCGUCCCCCCGGACUCAGGAGGUGGCUUUCCAGUUGGCCCAGAACUGGAUCAGAACCAACUUCAAAGUCUACUCCCAAAAGUCAGCAAUGUAUGAGAAGUAUGACAUCACCAACGGUGGACAGCCAGGUGGAGGAGGGGAGUAUGAAGUUCAGGAAGGAUUUGGUUGGACUAACGGACUGGCACUGACGCUUUUGGACCGCUAUGGUGACCAGCUGACCUCAGGAACCCAGCUAGCUUCCCUGGGACCCCACUGCCUCCUGGUGGCCCUUCUCAUCAGCUUUCUGCUACAGUGACCACAAGGAGAAUGGCCUCACUGCGUGCAUUUCCUCCUCUGGCUCCACACCUACCCCCCAGCUGUCCUGUUCAGUGCACCGGGGCCAGAAGUGAUCAGGAGGUCAAGAUCAGGGACUGGAUUCCUA